GUGAAGUGUGGCAAGUAUCCCGGACUCGGAUAUAUUAGAGGUUAGCCACCCUCCUCUUCAACACUGUCUCAUCCAGCAUCCCACCAUGAUCACUGUGUCUAAAGGAGUGAGGGCGGGUGUGUUGUGUGUGGUGAUGGUGACCAUUGCUGCGGCCUUCCACCCACCUGCUGUACCCCCACACAGUCUUCACCACGAGGACGGAAUUGGAGACUUCCCAUGCCCAGAGGACACUGAAAUCGAACCCUGCACCUGCACCUUUGACGGCGUCACUUUCGACCUUACCUGUAAAAAUCUGGAGAGUGAAGACGUUCUGAAACACGUAUUCACAGCUCACUUUCCCUUUACGCUAUUUACUUCCUUUACCCUCAUAGACUCCAACAUAACAACGCUCGCCCCUGAUAUGUUCAGCCCUAUAAUUUUUCAGUCGGUGAGGUUUGAGAGAAAUGGCCUGAAGGGAGAGCAAGUCCUCGAAGCGCUGAGCAGCUCACAAACUGCCCUGGAAAAUUUUACCCUGAUAGAGGAGGUGGACAGUGAAGAAGAAAACUCGCCGUGGCCUCUAGACGGCAUUGAUAAAUUCACAAAGUUGCAGAAAUUAGAGGUUAUUGGCCCAUACUCCGCUGGCUCCCUGUCGUCCACCCUUACAUCAGUCACUCUUAAUAUAGAGGGAUUGACUACCCUGCCCUCUGAUGCCUUCACCGUUGCCACUAACCUCAUCACGAUCACACUACAAAACUCUUCACUGGAAAGUAUCGAAGCAAACACCUUCAAGUUACUUACACAUUUGGAGACAGUGGAUUUAUCAAAUUGCAAACUGCAAAAGCUGACAACAGACUCUCUUGCCUUCGACGCCAACCUGACACUGGUAGACUUGUCCAACAACAUCAUUGACACUGUCGAGUCUGGAGCCAUUAAAGGUAUUCAAGGAAAUACAAGUGUGAAGAUUGACAAUAACUUACUCGAGGAGUUACCUCAAGACCCUUUUUCCACGGUCAUUACUGAACUGACUGAUGAAGGACAUGUUGAUGUGAACAACAACCCUCUUUUGUGCGGCUGUGACCUAGCAUGGAUCGUUACUCUCACAGAUGAGCAACGGACACGUCUCGAGGGACUAAAUACGUCUUGUGAUAUCCCAGACGAUAUCGAAUUUCAGAAACUGUUGGACUUCCUCAAAUACCAGUGUGGCAUUACGGACCCUCCCCCACCCCCAUCCUUCUGGUCCAUGUUCUUUUAAUCCAAGUGACAUGCAAGCUCCCAGAGAAGACGUGUGGUGCCUGUGAGACAUGAUGUAGAAGACGUGUGGUGCCUGUGAGACAUGGUGUAGUAGACGUGUGGUGCCUGUGAGACAUGGUGUAGUAGACGUGUGGUGCCUGUGAGACAUGAUGUAGAAGACGUGUGGUGCCUGUGAGACAUGAUGUAGAAGACGUGUGGUGCCUGUGAGACAUGGUGUAGUAGACGUGUGGUGCCUGUGAGACAUGAUGUAGUAGACGUGUGGUGCCUGUAUACUUAUGUUUACUUCUACAUAAAUUCCCAAAGUCAAACUCUUAUGUAUUGAGCUAAAUAAAUGUAUUUACCUUGACUCUUGAUUGAAUUUAUGAAACACAAUACAUUAAUAAAAACCACAGCUAAACCAGGUA